CAUGAGUAAGAUAGAAUCGGUUACGUUUUACAAUGGAAACAAAGUGCCCGCUCUUGGGCUUGGCACUUGGAAGUCGAAAGGUGGGACGGCGGUCGAGGUGAUCAAGGAUGCUGUGCGCAUCGGGUACCACCACAUCGACACCUCGCCGGUUUAUGGCAACGAGAAGGAAAUUGGCGAGGCGCUCACGGCUCUCAUGAAGGAGGGCGUCGUCAAACGCGAGGACCUUUUUGUCACCAGCAAACUAUGGAACACCCGACACCGGCCCGACCUAGUUGAGGCGGCUUUGAAGAAAACUUUGUCGGACUUGAACUUGGAGUACUUGGACCUCUAUCUGAUCCACUGGCCCUUUGCUUUUAAAGAGCUGGAAGAAUCGUUUCCCGAAGGCCCGGACGGCAAGGUGCAAUUCAGUGACGUUGACUACGUCGAUACCUGGAAGGCCAUGGAGCAGGUGCACGAGAAGGGCCUCGCCAGGAACAUCGGCGUCAGUAACUUCAAUUCCAAGCAGCUUGCCAGGAUCCUCGACAACUGUAAGGUCAAGCCCGUGGCCAACCAAGUCGAGUGCCAUCCUUACCUGCCUCAGGUCAAGCUGUCCGAGUUCUGCAUGUCCAAGGGCAUUCUCAUCACAGCCUACAGUCCCUUGGGCUCUCCCGACAGGCCGUGGGCACAGCCUGGAGAUCCCAGUCUACUCGAGGACCCCAAGGUCAAGGGUAUCGCCGAGAAGUACAACAAGUCGCCAGCUCAGGUCGUUUUGCGCUAUCAGGUUCAACGAGGCCACAUUGUCAUCCCGAAAUCCGCUUCGAAGGUCAGACUGGAGGAGAACACCAGGAUCUUCGACUUUGAGCUUUCCAAGGAAGACAUCAACCUCCUGCACACUUUUGAUCGCAAUUGGCGAGUUUGUCCGAUGAACAGUUCCGUGGAGCACAAAGAUUAUCCCUUCCAUGAGGAGUUCUAACAUUGCGUACAAUUGUUUCUUUAAAAAAAAAAGGUCACACUAUUUUUUAUUUACUGUUAUCCUUUGAUACUUGAAAUAGUAUUACAAAAGAUGUUACAUAAUUUUCUAGCAACAUCCACGUUGUGGCAUGAGACACAAUGAAAGUAAAAAACAAACAAACAAAGUAAUAAAUGAAACUUGUUGAGGUAAA